GAUUUUGAUAUUUCAUUGUCACCAUCUUAUAACUAAUAAUUUCAUUUUUACAGGAAAAUUCAAAAUUAUGAUUUAUCUGCAUGAUUUCUUUGUUUUUUUUUUUUGUUUUAUUCUUUUAUUUUUAAUAUUUUUUUUUUUUCUAUUUCAACACCGAACAAUUUGGAUUUAGUCACAACAAUCUCACAGAACGUACUGCCAGCUACAUAGUCCGUCGGUAGAAAUAUCCUAUGAUAUAUGCUCCUAUCGUCUACUCUAUAAUCAGACAAAAUAUCCAUGCAGUUAUGACAGCUUUUAUCUUCAAUUAUCUUAAAAGACAUAGAUAGAAAAUACUAGAGGCUAGUAAGUAAUGCCUACUAAUAAGGCUAACAUUUUCAAGAAAAAUAUCCAAUUCGUAAGAGGAUAAUGUACGACUAGAGACAAACAAAAGUUUCUUCUUGACGUUUGCAAAAAUACACGAGUCAUAAGUGGUUAAGCAAAAUGCAUACGAAGUCGAAGAAGGAUUCGUCAUAUGUCUGGAUAAAUCAACAUUAUGAAUUAAGAAUUCUCAGUAUCAAUAUGCUCAAAUGGGUUGGCUUAUGGACUCUUGAUACGAAUACUUCAUCUUUCUUGAAAUGUGUUUAUUAUAUUUACAACAAAAUCGCAAUUAGUAUAAUGAUAAUAUUCACGAUAACUCUUUUCGCUGAUAUUUGUAUGAUGGUUGACGAUCUAUCGAUAGUCACAGACGAUGGUUGCAUAUUUGCUGGAAUCACUGUAGUACUUUUUAACGUGAUCAAUUGUCAAUUCACACGUGAUAGAAUUGCUCGACUGAGCGAUGAGACGUUGAACUCUUGCGAGGAACUUUGUCAAUUGUCUGAAGUCAACUUUGCAGAAAAAUUAAAAUAUUAUCUAUGGCGAGAUAAAAUACCAUUUUAUAGUUUUUGUUCAUUGGGUUAUCUUUUGGUAAUCGCAUUGAUAUUUGUUACACCGACGGAAGGUGGAAAUUUACCGAUAAGAGCACGUUAUCCUUUCGAUACCAAGACAUCACCAGGACACGAAAUUGGCUUCGUUGUAGAAGCUUGUAGCAUAUUUUUUGGCGUAACUGCAAUUUUAGCGAUUGAUACAAUAAUAGUAUCUAUUUGUAAUUUGAUCCUCUUACAAUUAGAGAUAUUGAGUAUGAAUUUUCAAUAUUGUUCAACAACAGAAAUCAAACAUUUUAUUGAUAAGAACGAUGAUAAUAUGAUCGAAAGAGAUCGAUCGAUAAUGAUCCAAAAGAAAGGACCUCGAUACAAUCGGUUCGAAGAACUCUUUGAACAAUACAUUCGACAUCAUCAACGAUUGGUGAACAUGAUCGAUGACUUGAAUGAUCUAUUUAAUUCUAGCAUGUUGGUUCAAAUGUUUUCAAGUACUUCGAUGAUAUGCCUAACUGGAUUUCAAGCUGUUGUGGUCUCUGGACAAGAUUCAAAUUUGUGGAAAUAUUCAAUUUACUUAGGUGCUGCAGUUAGUCAGCUUCUUUAUAUAUGUUGGAUAGGGAACGAAGUGAUAACUCAUAGUUCCUCAUUGGUCGAAGCACAAUGGCUUUCUCAAUGGCAUAAUCAACCACUCGAUCGUAUUGCAAAUUUAUUAAUAUUCUCCUUCAUGUUUUCUCAAAAACCAUUGAGAUUGAAAGCCGGCAAAUUUUAUACAUUAUCUUUGGAGACAUUUAUCGCUAUAAUGAAAGGAUCGUACUCCUUCUUCGCUCUACUGAAUAGCAUGCAUUUGGAAGAUGAUGGAUAA